ACCUCCUCCAUUGGGAAAGCUGGAGCGCGUCUGAGGGGAGAGAAAACAGACCCUCGUUAGCCUGGAAAACCUUCGAAACGUUGGUUUAUCCCAGCUCGCGGAGCCGUAACGUCUGAGCCAAGACAUAUACGGUACCGGUGGAGGAUAACAUGCCAGGUUCGCCGAACUUUGGGAUUUUUAAAGCUCCGCUAAACGAGCCGGCGGAGAAGCUUCAUUAGCGAGCUAACGUUAACAGACGCUAGCGGUGAAAACUUCCAGCCUGAGAGAGAAUUUGCCUUUGGGAUUGAAAACCAGGAUACCUCAGCAGGAUACCUCAUACCCCCCCCCACAAUUCCAGCAUUGAUUCGCGCAGAAAUGAGAUUAGAGAGUCCAGCCGCCAAAACACCGAGCGGGCCUGUUAACUAGAGAUCUUCUUACAUAAACUACUCGCAUUCUGCUGUGGUUUGGCGAAGGAGACCGCAGGAUCAUGUGGAGAAUCGGGUGAGAGAGCUGUGUGUCGAUGCAGUAAUACAGGAGGAACGCUACGAUGUCUGCUGCGAAGGAAAACACGUGUAGGAAAUUUCAGGCGAACAUUUUCAACAAAAGCAAAUGUCAGAACUGCUUCAAGCCCCGAGAGCUGCAUCUGCUGACGGACCAGGAUCUCAAUCAGGCCAAGCCGAUCUAUGGCGGAUGGCUGUGUUUGGCUCCAGAGGGGACGGACUUUGACAAUCCCAUGCAGAGAUCCCGGAAAUGGCAGCGACGAUUCUUCGUCCUUUAUGAACACGGCUGCUUGCGCUUCGCUCUGGAUGAAUUGCCAAGCACGCUACCGCAAGGGACGGUCAACAUGAACCUGUGCACCGAUGUGAACGACGCUGAGGCCAGGACCGGACAGAAGAACGCUCUGUGCAUCAUCACCCCAGAGCAGGAGUACUACAUACGAGGAGACAACAAGGAGAUCAUCAAUGGAUGGAGUGAACAGCUUGUGGUUUAUCCCAGAACCAACAAGCAAAAUCAAAAGAAGAAGCGCAAAGUGGAGCCAGCAACCUCACAGGAACCAGGCCCAGCGAAGGUAGCGGUGACCGGCUCCUGCAUCCCAGAAGCGGAGAAGACGCCAGACUGCAGUUCCAUCAUAUGGCCAAGCAGAGAGGCGGAGGUGUCGCAGACGUGGAGCGAGAUGCCGCCUCUCGGCUCACCACUGCCCUCUGCAGGUGCGGAAGACAUCCAGACUAGGGCUGCCGGUUUAACCGGUGAGGGCUUGAUGGUGAGCCGGUGCUCGGAUCAGAGCUCUGUGAACGGGGACGAGGUGGAUCGGAGCGGGCUCUUCUUCCACUCGGCUGUUUCCCAGCCCUCUCAUGAUCCCCUGUCGCCCGCGGGCAGCUCGUCCAGCCGGCACAGCACAGAGAUGGGGGGCGUCCCGCGCUGCCUGUCCCCUGCACCCAGCGACCCCUUCCCAUCAGGCAGCAGCCUGCUGUCCAACGGUUCCCACAUCAGCGGCUCCAUGAGCUCUCUGGACUCGGAUGCCAGCGGCAACACCUCUCUGUCCCGCCGCGGAGACGCAGAGAACCGCAAGCCUGAGAAACGGAGCCGUCUGCGCAGCCCGGAGAGACAGGAGUCUGUGUUCAGCCCGGAGAGAAGCGGGCGCUCCAAUGUGAUCGAGAAGCUGGAGGCGCUGGAGCUGGAGCACGCCGAGAGACGCGCUGGAGUCCGGCCGGGCCGCAGUGAAACCAGACGAUUCCAGCGGGAGGAUCAGAAGAUGGACCCGGCGCGGGGUUUAGACUUCCAUCCCUGCACCCUGCCGCCUCUGAGACGAGCCAAAUCACUGGACCGCAGGACCACCGAAUCCGUCAUGACCGUAAGACUAUCCGUCUCUCUGCUUUCUCUCGCAUCAUUCAGCUAUCUGUGUGUGUGGAGUUGGAAGAAGUAUUGGUUUGUGCUGACAGAUCACAGUCUACGAUACUACAAGGAUUCGAUUGCUGAAGAGGCGUCUGAUCUGGAUGGAGAGAUUGACCUCAGUACCUGCUACAAUGUUACAGAAUAUCAAGCUCAACGGAACUAUGGCUUCCAGAUUCAUACUCAAGAAGCAGUGCACACGCUCUCUGCCAUGACCGCGGGAAUACGCCGCAACUGGAUCCAAGCGGUUAUGAAAAACGUCAGGCCAUCCACUGCGCCAGAUGGUGCUAGCCAGACGGAUGAACACGCUUCCUGCGGCCCGUUUGAGAGUCUCGCCCGGCCUGACGUCACGCAGGACUCCCUGUCCUCCGAAACCUCGGUAGAGCGGGAAGGUGGAUUGAAGAAGAGCCGAGCAAGGGAACGGAGGCGAGAAGGACGCUCCAAAACAUUUGACUGGGCCGAGUUUCGUCCCAUCGCCCAGGCUCUGGCGCAGCAGAGAGCACACGAGGCCGACACCUUCCAGGCCGAGCUAACCGAGAGAAACAAGAGGAGGGAGGAGAGGCGGAGGAGGUACGAGAGCGUCACUGGCUCGUCCUUCGAUCCUGCCGCUGACAUCACAAAGAUGGACUUCGAGAGUGGGGACGUGGUCCAGGUAGAUGCUCCGCCCCCAUCGGAGGAGCGGCUGCAGAGAGUGGAGGACGAGAUUGAGCAGCGCUGGCAGCAGGUGGAGAAGACGCCCAUCAGGGAGGAGAGGAGGGUGCCUUUGCCCUCCACACAGCACAACAGAGACGCAUCAGAGCUGGAGAACCUCCUCGAGAGCUACAGGAAAGGGGUCGAGGAGCUGAAAGCUCAGCUGGAGAGCUGUCACCAGCAGUUAAUGGACUCCAAUCAGCACAAGCUGGAGCUGGAGAGUCGGCUCAAGAACGCUCUCCAGCGCGAACAGCAGAUCCGUGCCGGUUACAUUUCACCGCUGGAGUCCCCUUUGAGUCUUGAGACAGAGCCCCAGGUGAAGAGGACUGAACUGGUUAGUUCUCAAGCUCAGAGCUUAACAAAGAAGUACCAGGAAACCAAAGAGCUCCUGCAGCUGCAAGAACUGAAAAAGCGCAACAUGCAGGCACAGCUUGGCCUUUCUCUCUCACACUGCCCCGCAGAGGAACCUUACCUUUCUGACACCAAAAAACCCUCCUCUCCAGAGGUCUGUCCCUCAAACUCCAUUCAGAAAACAGUCAGCUUUAUGCUUCAGGAUAGCGAGGGAAAGAUUAGAGAGCUGGAGAGCUUGAUUGAUGCCAGUGAGCCUCUGACGUUAAGAGAGCUGAUAAAGCUCAUGCACUCGCAUAGCGAAUACCUUUGGGUAGAAAGCCCUCAAGGACAGGAAAGAAGUGGGUCUGUAGGCGAAAUGACGCAGAAACUGUUGGAAAGCCUCAAGAACCAACAAGAGAUUGAGAAUGAGACCAUGAGGAGAAGCUUGGAAAAGGCUGGAGACUCUAUCCGAGACUAUGAAGCUCGUUUGGUCACCAUGGAGGGCAUGCUGGGAAGAGUCCAUAGGCAGAGAAUGGAGAGUCCAUGUGCGUUGGGUUGCUCGAGAGAAGACCAUCCCAAUCUGUCUCAGCAGGUGGAGUUGCUGGCGAACGAAAACGUAGCUUUGAACCAGCGCUAUCAGGAAAUUGUGAACCAGUUGAGAGAAGCGGAUCGAGAAAUAGACAGGCUGAAUGCUGAGCUUUGUCGACUGUGUAGCAGCCAACAAUAUCCACAAGCCAACGUGAACCAGGUGCAAGAAGAGGAAAAUGUAUACGAGCGAGAACUCCACGAAAAGUCACAGAAGCUACAAGAGGCUCUUAUUAAAUUGGAGACUCUUGGUAAUAGUUUGAAAGAUACGGAGAAAAGAUUGCAGCUUAAAGAAGCUACGCUUAGGGGUCUUGGAUUUCAGGUGGCAGAAAGCCAAAAUGAUGAUAAAGAGUUAGAUGUGGAGACGGACGAACUCAAAUGGCAAUUGGAGGUCCUUCAAUCUAAGCUUUCCGAGAAGGAGAAGCAGCUUCAAAAUGCUGAGCAGGUCUGUAGAGAACUUCAGUCCCAGAAUGCAAAGCAUGAAGAGACAGCGAGGAUGUGUAGUCGGAUGCUUGUAGAGGCUCAGGAGGAAAUCAGGACGUUGAAGGAGAAGGCAGGAACUCAAGGGACGUUUGGUAGUGAACCAGGAACAGAUAGUGGGUGUCAAGAGUUGAUGCAGAAACUCGCGAAUGAAAGUGUAGUUGAGGAAGUCGCGGAAGAGUUCAAGAGCAAGUCUAAGUCUCUGAAUCAUCUGCUUGACUUGUUGGUAACUGGCAGUAAGACGGAUUUGUCCAACACUGGCAUGGACACCAAUAUUUCGGAUGAGGAUCAGGCAGGAAUGAUGCAGGAGAUGUUUGAGAGAAGGAUUCUGCAUGAGGUUUUAGCUGGUUUAGAGGACUGUCAGAAAGGCUCCGAGGCCAAAGCAGUAAGAAAAGCUGUAGAACGUAUGAUAGUGGAUAAUAAGUUGCUGCUGCUUAUGAAUAAGCUCUCCAACCUCCAAGAACUUCAAGGUGACUCAAAACCUGCAACUUGCGCUGGAGAUGGAAAUGCACAGAUGAUGAAAUCGAAUAUUAUGAAUCGGUUGCUCAGUGAUGCCAGCGAUCCCUGCGUCCUGAAGACUCUCGCUGAAGUCAUUCAGAAGAAAGUGACAUUAUUGAAUCAAACCGCUUCGGCUCUUAGGGAACGAACUCAUGAGGAGCUCCAGUCGUUGGCUUUGACUCUGUCAAGCUGUGACUCUCAAAGAUGCUGGUCUGAGUACAUUCGUGAGGCCAUAAUGGACAUAACAUGCAUGUGCUUUGUAGUUCUGCAGAACUCGCCAAGGGCGAAACCGUUAGACCUGUCUGCAUGUGCAAGUUGUGCUGAUUUGAGAGCACAGCUCGAGUCUGAGAAGCGGGUUAAGUCGAGCGUCAGUGGAGACUUAACCCACAUUCAGAUCGAAGGAAAACCGAUCGACUCUCCGGAUGAGGCCUUACAGCUUCAGGACUCAAUGGCUAGGCAUAAGAAAGAGCUGCGCGAAUUAAAGGAGGCGUACGAGCAAGAAGCGGAGAAGCUGAGACGGGAAGUGGCCAAGGCUGGUGAGACUCUGAGACUGAGAUCCGAGGAGAACGUGAAAGAGAUCGACUCUCUGACGCGGUGCAUGGAGAACCUGAAGAAGCAGCAUGAGAUAGAGUGUAAGGACUUAAUAGCACGCUUCAGUCAAGAGAUGGAAGAGCUGACGGACGCCGUCGAGCCUGGAUCGGACUCCACUUCCCUCAAAGUACGGAUCCAGAAACUCGUGUCCCGGGUGUCCGAACUCACUGAAGAAAUGAACCGGCGAGAUCGUGAUGGGGAUGCAACAUUGCUGCAUCUGAAAUACGAGAAAGACCUGGAAAACCUAAAGGCGACGUGUGAACGAGGCUUCGCCGCCAUGGAAGAGUCUCACCAGAAAGUGAUCGAUGAGCUGCAGAAAAAGCACCAGUGGGAACUGGAGAAACUGCAGGAGGAGAAGGAGCGACUGCUGGCGGAGGAGACCGCAGCCACCAUCUCUGCUAUCGAAGCAAUGAAGAAUGCACAUCGGACGGAGCUUGAGCGGGAGCUGGAGAAAACACGCAAGGUCAACAGCAACACAGAAAACGCAGACAUCGAGGAAAUCCACAAACAGCACGAGGAAGAGCUGAUGUCGUACCAGAGGGAGAUCGAGGUGUUGUCGGAGCAGUACUCGCAGAAGUGCUUAGAAAACGCUCAUCUGGCCCAAGCGCUGGAGGCCGAGAGACAGGCGCUCCGACAGUGCCAGCGGGAGAACCAGGAGCUCAAUGCACACAACCAGGAGCUGAACAACCAUCUGGCGGCUGAGAUCACGAAGAUGCGCUCGAUGGCGAGCGAGGACGGCGGGGACGCUGGCGGGGGCAUGCAGGGGAAGGAGCUGUACGAGCUGGAGGUGAUGCGGAGGGUGAAGGAGUCAGAAGUGCAGUAUCUGAAGCAGGAGAUCAAAUCUUUAAAAGAUGAGCUCCAGACUGCCCACAGAGAUAAAAAAUAUGCAACGGAUAAAUACAAGGACAUCUACACGGAGCUGAGCAUCGUACGGGCCAAAGCGGAGCGCGAUCUGAGCCGCCUGCGCGAGCAGCUGCAGAAGACCCAUGAUGCACUGGGGCAACCCACGCUGGAGGACGUGGAGCGCGGUGGAUACGAUAUCAUGAAGUCAAAGAGCAACCCUGACAUUGUAAAGAUGGCGGCCGCCGCGGCCAAAUGCUCCGAACGCACCAUGAGGUCAAAGAGUCUGAAGGAAGGUUUGACGGCGGAGCAGAGACUUCAGCUGCUCGACAACAAGGACACGAAGGACUUCUGACACGGCCUCGCUGCAUGCUAAUUAAGAGUAUUUUAGCCCAGUAAUUAAUCACUUAGAGACACACUGGUCAUAUAUUAAACAUGGUAUGAAGUUUGAGUUUUAUGUCUAUAGUCAUGCACUUCAGUUACUGUGACGUUGUUGGUUUGUUUGCAUUGUCUUAAUGUAAAUACGUUGUUUUUAAUGAAGCAUCUAUCAUGCGUACACUAAACACGACUGUGUAAGCUACUGUUUUAGUUUGUGUGAGUGUUUCUCGACACUACAGACUGCUCGCGUGUGACGCUAGAUGAGCUCGGUUUGCACAUUCCCUCCGGCUCUUAAUUUAAAACAGCUGCAUUUAAUCGAGGCUUGCAUCAUCACCCGCUGACCUUCUGCGGCGUCUCCGGAUGCUCGAAACAAAGGAGCAUUUCUGAUGACCGUAAACCACACGGGAACAGACCUGGGAGGGUCGACAGAAUAUUAACAAGUUUAUAUAAGCUUGCCGUUAUAAUUAAUGGGAGUUUUGGUGUUUUUUGAGCUGAUGAAGUCUGUGGUGUCGUUCAGUGGCAGUCCUUUGUAUUUAUUUAAAUGUUAUGAAUUUUUUGUCUCACAUUUCCAUUAGUCUAUACAUUAUUGUAAAUAUACCGCAAAUGUACACGAACUGAAAACAGGUUUAUUAGCAAUAAAUAUUUUUGCA